CUCGCUCUACAAGUCGCUUGGGAGGGAGGCAGGGAGGAAACGGGAAGGAGGGUGGGAAGGAGGGAGCGAGCUUGGCCCCGUCAGACACAGGCGCACGCACGCGCGCGCGCGCACACACAGGCAGGCGCAUCCGCUCCAAGUCGGCGUGGGUUGCUGCACCCGGGGCAGGAGCAACGAGGCCGCGGACAAGUGCGAAGGGAGGGCAGCUUCGCUGGGCAGCGUCGUGGAGAGGAAGGGGAAGAGCGCGCGCUGUGCUCGCGAGUGGCACGGACUCCCGCGGCAAAUGUCCAAUUCACAGGCGAGAGUUUCACCGGAGACACUGAGCGGAACAUCUGUCGCGAGCUAAUGAAGACAGCGGUCGCGUUACACGGAGCCAAAGACGAGGACGGAGGAGAGACGAGACGCCCCAACCACAGAUGGGGAACUUUAGAAUCAACAGCAUCGCGUUACAUCGGCUCUCAAAGACUUCCGUCUCGUAAAGCCGGAGCUUUUUAAUUGAAGCAACAUCUGGCACGACGCUAUGGCGAGCGCCCCGUGGAUAUUCUUCCUCCUGCUCGUCCACUUCCAGUCGAUGGAGAUUUUGGCGAGCGGCACGGCUGGAGAGGUCAUAAAGACGCCGCCCUCACCGACGCCACGGCCCCCUGCCAAGCACCUCAACACGCAGCGGAUUUCCAAGAUGCAGUACGAGUGCAACAAGAGGAUGCUGCUGGAGCCGCCCUACAGUGGCACGGGGAAACACUGCAAUCGCACGUGGGAUGGCUGGCUCUGCUGGGGAGACACCAUGGCAGGGGAUGUCGCCGUGCAGCACUGCCCCGACUACUUCCCCGACUUCGAUCUGCAAGAGAAAGUCACAAAGAUUUGCAACACGGACGGACAAUGGUUCCGCCACCCCGACAGCAACAGGACUUGGUCCAACUACACGCUGUGCAAUGCAUUCACCGCUGACAAGCUCAAGAUGGCGGUGAACCUGUUCUACCUGGCGGUGACCGGCCACGGAGUCUCCAUCCUCGUGCUCCUCGUCUCCCUCACCAUAUUCUUCUACUUCAAAAGUCUCAGCUGCCAGAGGAUCACGCUUCACAAGAACCUCUUCAUGUCCUACAUCCUCAACUCCAUCAUCACCAUCAUUCAGCUCACGGCAGUGGCCAACAAUCAGGAGCUGGUGGCCAGCAAGCCGGUCUGGUGCAAAGUGCUGCAGUUCUUCCACCAAUACAUGAUGGGCUGCAACUACUUCUGGAUGCUGUGCGAGGGCAUUUACCUGCACACGCUCAUCGUGGUGGCCGUCUUUGCCGAGAAGCAGCACCUGUUCUGGUACUACCUGCUCGGCUGGGGUUUCCCCAUCGUCCCCGCUCUGAUGCACGCCGUCGCACGCACCAUCUACUACGACGACAACUGCUGGAUCAGCUCUGCCACUCACCUCCUCUACAUCAUCCAUGGGCCCGUCGUGGCCGCACUGCUGGUGAACCUAUUCUUCCUGCUGAACAUCGUACGCGUGCUGGUGACCAAGCUGAAGGUGACGCACCGCGCCGAGACGAGCAUGUACAUGAAGGCGGUGCGCGCCACCCUCAUCCUCGUGCCGCUGCUCGGCAUCCAGUUCGUGCUCGUGCCCUGGAAGCCGGAGCGGUUCGUGGGAGAAAUCUACGACUACAUCAUGCACGUGCUCAUGCACUACCAGGGAUUUCUGGUGGCAACGAUAUUCUGCUUCUGCAACGGCGAGGUGCAAGCGGCGCUGAAGAGGUACUGGAUUCUGUACAUGCUGCGCAUGGGGCACGAGCGCAGGGAUCAAUACUUCAUGGCGUCCACGUCCUACACGGCCUCCGUCACCGAGCUGCCGUGCCCCAACGGCGGCGAGCACCACGGCAGGAUGGCCAGCAGCGAUGCGGAAGCGAACGCUUUCAAAUUGGAGGAGAUGUACACCUAGCGGACGCGAGCGCGGCGGGUUGGGUGGGGAGGUCGAUUCGCCGAGCCGCGGGGCUCCUCUCGUGCGGUAAACGCCGCCGUAGCCGCCGCAGCUGCGCGAGCCGGUGACCUCGCGCGCAAACCCGGACGCGUGGGCACUCUCUGCUCAGGCGACGCGUGGACAAGUCCGCGCGGUGUGCUGGCCGCUGGGCCAGGAAGGGAGAACAACCCGAGGAGCCGAGCGACUCCCGCAGAGCGUUCCCGUUCGAAACGUGGGGGGGGAGGAGGCGGGGACCGGGUGCGUGACGGUGCGCAGAUGUUCUCUCUUCACGGGACGGCACCCCCCCCCCCCCCCCCCACAUCCCCUAGGUAGAGGGGGUCAGGACGCUUGCGCUACGGCCGACAGCCCAGAACGGCAGCUCCUGCAGGACCCCCCUCGCUGCGAACCAGGCCGGUGGAGGCGACGCAGCGAUCGACUCGACAAACACCGAAAUGCGUGCGUGCGUGCAAGUGCUCACAAGUGAUUGCCGCAAGUCAUCACGAAAUCAACGCACACGCACACGGGGAAGAGAGUUGGCCGGCUGCAGGUUGCGCGAUCCAAAUAUGAACGGGCCGCGCCCAUCGCUGCCCGCGAGGAGCACCCACACGCGAGGACAGCGCACCUGAGUGGGCAAGGAGAGAGGAGUGAAGGUGACCGUGCGUGCGCGCACGCGGUUGCCAGAGAGGUGCGACAUAAACGGCUGUGGAGGACAUUAUACGCGCCCCAUAAAACUUAAAGCGUAAUCCACAACUCGGCGAAGCACCAGCCUAAUGAUGUAUAGUCUCCGCUUGAACAGCCCCAGACUUUCCGAACGCCCGUGACCUUAUUUAAUCCACGUGGGGCCAUUUUUUUCUUUAUAGCGCCACGGUUUUUUCAUUUAAAAUGUGUGGGUGUGUGAUUUUUUUUUCUUUUCUAACACUAUCUGUGAACGCGCCAGGUGGAGAUAUGCUGGAGAUAUUAAAUCCAUUACGAAGCAGAUAGCCGAGGGUGAACACGAACGAGCGUGACUUCCACACUCCUUAUACCUGCGUCUUUAAGCCCGAGCAGGCUGCAAUGUCUGUGCCGAUGAGACGCGUGGUCGUGAAAGAGACGGGAUAAUUUACUCAAGCUAAACUAUUUUUUAUGUAAUCAGAUAGGGCCCACUGGGCUAUAGAGCUCUUUUUAUCAGAAGCGACAUGGCCACAAAUGACAGCUCAACGAAGUGACUUAUCACGUGGAAAUCUAGA